AUGGGCAAGAAAAGAUCACGACAGCACUCCAAUAUGGUGAAGAAAGUGGAUAGUGUUUAUUCCAUCAACCCACAUGUGACAACAUUUUGGCCACAACAAUGUAGCCUUUCUCAAGCCUUUAUCUGGCUUGAGAAAGGCAGCAUUGUUGCAGCCGAAAUGUUGUCAUGUGGACAGAUUUUCUUCUAUGAAGACCGGAACUUUAAAGGCCGCUGCUAUGAAUGCAGCUCAGACUGUACCGACAUGUCCUCUUAUUUCAACCGCUGCAACUCCAUUCGAGUAGAAAGUGGUAACUGGAUUCUCUAUGAAAACCCAAAUUACAAAGGGCAUCAGUAUUACUUAUGGAAGGGAGAAUACCCUGACUUCCAUCAGUGGAUGGGCUACAAUGAUUCCAUCAAGUCAUGUCGUCUGACACCACAACAUCAUGGUCCUUAUAAACUAAGGAUUUAUGAGAGAGGAGACUUUAAAGGGCAAAUGAUGGAGUUUUCCGAAGACUGUCCUCAAGUUUAUGACAGAUUCCGCUACCAUGACAUUAACUCUUGUCAUGUACAUGAUGGUCACUGGAUGUUCUAUGAGGAGCCCAACUUUAAGGGACGUCAAUAUUACUUGAGACCUGGAGAGUACAAGAAGUUUUCAGACUGGGGUGCUCUGAAUGGUAAAAUUGGAUCUUUCAGAAGAGUCCAUCAUCUUUAUUAA